AUGUCUUCGUUAGGCUUUGGCCGAUACUCUCACGCGAUUGUAUCGCGUAUUCCGGACUCGUUUGUCAAAUCGUUGGGCACUUCCGACACGAUUAAUGUGGAGGAAGCGAAGAGAGAGCACGAAGAGUACUGCAAAGUGUUGAGAGCACUCGGUUUGGAUGUCAUAGAGUUGGCCGCAGACGAGGCCUUUCCCGACUCGCCCUUCGUUGAGGACACGGCUGUCGUCAUCAAUGGUAUGUGUCUUGUGUUGUGUCCGCACAUCACUUGUCAACCAAUCGGUGUGGCCCUAAUGUGCAAACCGGGUCAUCCAUCCCGUGCUAAAGAGAUCGCAGACCCAAAGGCCACUCUCGAUGGCGGAGACGUCUUAUUUACCGGUCGCGAAUUAUUUGUGGGACUUUCGCAGCGCACCAACGAGUCGGGCGCCAGAGCUGUCGCCGCAGCCUUUCCUGAAUAUCCCGUCACUCCUAUACGAAUCCCAAACAAAUUACUGCAUUUAAAGUCAUGCCUAUCAAUGGCCGGCUCUGAUAUCCUUUGCGUCAGUUCAUCACAAGAAGCACAAGAGAUUCUUCGACGAAUAGUACGUGAGGCCACACAUCGAUACCACACACUGACUGUUCCCGAGAAUACAGCGGCCAAUACUCUGUAUAUCAAUGGAACUUUAGUUCACAGAUCAGAGUUUCCAAACUGUUGCGAAUUAUUUGAGUCUAAAAUCGAUUUCAAUAAGAUUGGGAUCAAGAUAUGGGAGCUCUCGAAGCCCGUGUCAAACCUCACCAGUCUAUCAAUACUCGUGCGUAAAGCGCGACAAAUACAUACCAUUGUUUGA